AUGGCCCAGGUCAAGCAAGACCCAGAUGGCCCGUACAUCAAGCCCGAUCCCGACAGCAAAGACAGAGUCCUGGCCGAUAUUGACGACGAAGACCUCUAUGAAGACGCUGGAGACCUCGAUUUCUCACAAGCUGGACAGAAUGUUUGGCUCUCGCGAUUGCCCCGCCAGCUUUGGGAGCACUGGGCCCAUCUGGAUGAUGACGAAGAGAUUGAGAUUGGCACAAUGAGAGUAGAAGGGACACCAGACGAUAUCAAGCGGGUUAGCUUGCGCCUACACGACCGUCCAGACAACCGGGAGAUCCCAAAAGACUACACGCUCCAGCGACAAACCAUCAAUGCUGCCACUGCAUCACACCUGACUCAUAAUACAUACGUCUUUACGGAGAAAGACAUUCCUGGCGCCGAGAACCGCAUGAUUGACUUUGGCGGGCCGCGCUCGGUUCUCUAUGAAUCGCAGAAACGUGAAGAGCGCCGCAAGGACCAGGGAAAGGUACAUCAACCUUGGCAGCGCAAGACGAUACCCAAACAAACUGCUUUAGUCGGCGCGGUUAGCGAAGAAUUCAACUGUCUUCCCGUCGAAAAUGAGGAAUUCCGACAGAUCUCAGAGAAGCGAGCGCUAGAAGCUCUGAAGCCUCGGAAGGAAACUGUCUUUAUUGACAAGAUUCCUGGCAAGAUUCUCCAAUCACGCCAUGCCCUUCCUACCGAGCAGGGCCAGUUCGUUCAAGCAACAAGGCCUACGAAAAGCAAAGCUCAAGAAAACAAGUCCACACGUAUGCCCCAAAACGAGCUUCUGGAUCUUAUUUUCCAGUGCUUCCGCGAAUUCAGAUACUGGCCAUUUAAGACACUCAAGUCAAGACUGGCUCAACCCGAAGCUUAUCUCAAACAGACCCUGGAGAUGGUUGCUCACCUGGUCAAGUCCGGUGAUUUCGCCAUGACAUGGGAGCUGAAGCCGGAGGCGACGCACAGCCAAUAUUCAAAUGCAACCUCUUACGAUGGUGCCAAGGAGGAGCUACCGCCCGGGGCUGAUGAUCCUUAUGAUGAUGCAUCUGAUGAUGAUGCUUCCGGCAUGGACGACGUUAAGUUUGAGAAUGUGGGUUGA